AUAUCCGUGGAUGUGUGUGAGCAGGCUCCUAAGUAGGUGGAGCGCGGACCAAGGGUUUCCCGAGCGAGCAGCAGCGCCCCGCGCCUGAUGGCACCUCGCUUCUUAAGUAGGGAGCUGACUGAGCCGCCACCCCACCACGCCAAAGAACUUCGCCGAAUCGCCGCUCCCUCUGAGACUGACACUCGGAGACGGGGGGAGCCUGCCUGCGCGCGAGGCGCCUGUGUCUUUAAGAGUGUCGGCGGCGGCGGCUGCGAAGGAGGCGGGAGCGCCGUUGGCGCAGGAAGUGCCCCCUCCCGGAGCCGAGGAAGGGGACAGGCCCCAAGAUGGCGACGGUGGCAGCGGCUGAGCGGCUCCUGUCGGAGGGGGAAGGAGGCGCCAUGGACCCGGCACGGCUCUCGCCCCCGCCGCAGCCGCAGCCCCGGGGGGAAGCCCAGCCGCUGGAGCAGCUCCCGCAGAGCAACACGCUGGUGGGGCUGCCCAUUGUGGCCAUCGAGGGCAUCCUCGGAUUCCUGUCCUACGACGAGACCAGCCAGCUCCGCCUGGUUUGUAAGCGAAUGGACUUGGUCUGCCAGAGAAUGCUGAAUCAGGGAUUUCUGAAAGUGGAAAGGUACCACAACUUGUGCCAGAAACAGGUUAAAGCACAGCUUCCAAGACGGGAGUCAGAAAGGAGAAAUCACUCACUAGCUCGCCAUGCAGACAUCCUUGCUGCUGUAGAAACAAGGCUGUCACUCCUAAACAUGACAUUCAUGAAGUAUGUGGAUUCUAACCUCUGCUGUUUUAUACCUGGGAAGGUGAUUGACGAAAUUUAUCGUGUGUUAAGGUAUGUAAACUCUACAAAAGCUCCUCAGAGAGCCCACGAAGUUCUUCAGGAAUUGAGAGACAUUUCAUCUAUGGCAAUGGAGUAUUUUGAUGAGAAGAUUGUUCCAAUUCUAAAAAGAAAGUUGCCAGGAUCGGAUGUAUCGGGACGUCUUAUAGCAGCAGCUCCAGUUCCAGGUCCUUCUGCCGCCUUAACAACAAUGCAGCUCUUCUCCAAACAAAACCCAUCAAGGCAGGAGGUCACCAAACUCCAACAGCAAGUCAAAACCAAUGGUGCAGGCGUGACUGUGCUGAGGCGUGAAAUUUCAGAGCUUCGCACCAAAGUGCAAGAGCAGCAGAAACAGCUCCAAGACCAAGACCAGAAACUGCUUGAGCAAACUCAGAUCAUAGGUGAGCAGAAUGCCCGGCUGGCUGAGCUUGAACGCAAACUGCGAGAAGUUAUGGAAAGCGCAGUAGGAAGUUCCUCAGGGUCGGCACCAAGUGAAGAGGCCCCUAGGAAACGGAAGAAGGCCACUGAAUCUAUAGGUUCGCUUAGGAAGUCGAAACGCCUUCGAAAUAAUAAAUAACUUUGGGGAUAAAUGACACCUCCAGGAGAAGGCACUGUUCUAGUAGCCCAAGCAGGUUGUCUGGUCUGGAUACUGCAAUUCAUGGCACGGUGUCAUUUAGGCUGCUGGUUCUUCAGAACACCAUAGACUUGAACAAAACUUUAUCUCUCAUUGCUGAGAUGUUUCUUCCCCUCCCUGCUUUUGUCUGAGUGGGCCUACUGCACAGGAUUGUUAUAAUUUGCCAUAGAUUUGUACAAAGCAGACCUGCUCUAUCAUGUUCUGAAAAGUUAAUUUUAUUUUCCAUGCAGAUGACUAUUAAAGUCAAACUUCUGUUAAUGCAUCUGUUCCCAUAAAUAUCUUAAAUAGAUCCAGGCUUGAUUCAUUAGAAAAUUAAUCUGAUAAACAGCAGAUGUCCUGUUCACUUGAAAAGACCCACUUUUUAAAAACUUGUUUUGAAUAAUGACUUUUUCUGUUGCAAGUGACCUUGUUUAGAAUGUCAAAAAGUAGUUUAUACAUGUGGGAGUCUACAAAAUGAGUAAAGAUGACUUCUGAAGCUACAGUAUUGGCUAUAUAUAUUUUUGUAAACUUUAACAAGCAAGGGACUUCAGUCCACUUUACACAAAUGCAUACCCUACUUCCAAGCAUCUGGAGCCAUAUUUUUAUCUUUGCAUGGAUAGAUGCAUGCAUUGCUUAGUCAGCUUGCUAAAGCAUUUGCCUGGAGUUGCUGUUAAAUCGUUGGCCUCUUCCACUGCUGUAAAGCAGUUUCUUGGUUCCUUAGCCAUAACUCUGCCCAUCCUUUCAGCACAGCGGUUUCUUUUCUUGCAAGGCCAUUUUAUCACACUAUUGCAGGAGAGUAUAUAAACCAGGCUAUUUGCUGCUUCUGCUGCCUGUAUAUAGCAGGUGCUCUUACCUUAAGGCAGGACUUCAGGGGUUGGUUCCUUUUGCCUGUGGGUUUCUGGUUAUACACUUCUGAUACUGGUUCAGAGGUUAAAAGACUAUUUAAGUGUUGGAUGAAAGUUAUUUGUUCUUACAGUACCCAGUCUGGGUAGGGCAUGAUUCAAGUUUUAAAAGCUUGUGUUGAGAAAAAGACCUUAUUGUUAUGUGGAAAGAACACUCUGUAAUACUAACUCUAUUCUAGCUUUUUUUAAUCCUAAAAAGUAAAUUGACUUCAGACAACAAAGCUUUAAUUUCUUUUGCACUCCUGUUUUUUGAAGUUGUAACUGGAAAAGCAUGUCUUGCACUGUACAGUCUCUGGAUUUGUCACUUUAACGCCUCCAAGUUGUAGUGUACAGUGACCUCCCCAUCCCAACCCGUUAUGUGUGUGCGUGUAUGUAUUUUUUUUUUAUUUUUGAUUUUUGGAAGCCUUAGAUAAAUAUUGCUGUUGUCCAUGGUUUUAAUUUGGUGUUACUUAACAAUGUAGCUAUGUUGCUUAACUGUUACACUUUCUCUUAAUCUGCUGUUGCUGCCUUGGGCUUUUUGAUGACAUUGAAUUUGAAUUGGGAACAGAAAUUUUGAAUUUGAGUAGAGGCUCAAAAGGCCACUCCUGACUUAAAUGUUUUGCUAAGUAACUUGGGUUAAAAUGGAAAUUAAAGCCUCUUUUUUUCAUUUAUCCAUCAAAGAUAAAUACACAGCUUUCUUAUAGAUUGUUAUGGGCUUUUUCUUAAAUAUUAAUCAAAGUCCAUUAAUUCAUAUUUUGGAAUAAUUUCCUAUAAAAACAGAACAUUGCAAAUUGAUGUCAAGGGUUUGGAAUGUUUAAUUUUUUAAAAUUAUAUUCUUGUUUUGCUAUCUUAAGGCUGUUUUAUCGUGUGUGUUUUCUUUUAAAUGGGAGCAGGCUAUUGUAUCUUAGCAGUGGGUAUACACUGAAUUGUCUCAAGGAUAAUAUAACAGUUGUUAAAUCA